CAGAUUGUUCACGGGGAGGGACUGGAGAAUCAGCUUUUGAUAGCCAUGAGGCAAAGGGUUCUGGAACAUGUUAGUAAGGUAGAAUCUUUUGUUCUGAAACUAGUUCCCAGUAUUGAGCUGGAAAGGCCCUCACGAUUAGCCCAAGUAGCCAUUGGCAUUGUUUGUUUGUGUUCCAAGGGAAAGGGAUCUGUUGAAGAUUGUCCUAUAUGUUGCGAGGAAAAACCAUCAUCAAUGAUGGUAACCAUGAAAUGCACCCACAAAUUUUGUUCCCAUUGUAUGAGAAUCUAUGUCGAUGGAAAAUUACAGACCUCUCAUGUACCCAUAAGGUGUCCUCAGUCAGGAUGCAAGUACUACAUCUCUGCUUGUGAGUACAAAUCCUUUCUUCCCGUCACCUGCUAUGCGUCUUUGGAGAGAGCACUUGUGGAAGCUGAUAUUCUCAACCCAGACAAAAUCUAUUGCCCCUUUCCUAAUUGUUCAGUGCUGUUUAAUCCUCGUGAAUGUUUAUCAACUAGGGCAAGCUCCUCAAGUCAGUUGGAUGCCAGCUGUGUGGAGUGCCCCGAGUGUCAGAGGUUUGUUUGUGUGGAUUGUGGAGUACCAUGGCAUUCUUCCAUGAGUUGUGAGGAGUAUCAAAACUUGCCCAUGGAGGAGAGGGAUGCUGGGGACAUCACUUUGCAUAGACUGGCACAAAAUAAGAAGUGGAGGCGUUGCCAGCAGUGCCGGAGGAUGAUUGAGCUCACACAAGGGUGUUACCACAUGACCUGCUGGUGUGAACAUGAGUUCUGCUAUUCCUGUGGUGCUGAAUAUAGAGAUGGCCGACAGACAUGCCAAUGUGCCUUUUGGGACGAAGAGGUUUUUGAGAACUCAGUUACUCACUCUAGCAUAGACUCUGAACAAUGGAGAUGGGAAUGGGAUACCUUUGAUUCAAUACCAACAGUUAUGGAUGCAUACUCAGAACAAGAGAGAUCACAAUUAGCACUCAUACAGCGUUUCCUUGCUGGGGGGUUCAGCCUAAGCGACCAUCCCCCUUGUCAGUCUCCACCCAGGUGUUCAGAUUCCUAUGUUGACACCAUAAAAGAUCUCCAUCAGCUUCCCUGGCUUGAGAGGUUUGUCUCUGUGAUUAGUGAUAAUUACUAUGAAGAUUAUAACCAAUGAAGUGGAAAUUGUGGUGAGCUCUACCUUGGUAAUAAAUUGCUUGAUUUCCCUGUAUGGUUUUGAAAGGAAAGUCUCUCUGAAGCCAUUUUGUGGUGUGGUUUACCCAUCACCAUCUUUUGGCCGGCUACCUCAGUUGACAUGGAGGCCUGGGAAACAAGCGCUAUUCUCACUUUCUUAACAUGGAAUUGGUGGAUUUCAUGUGUGAUUACUGCUUUCUUCUUGAAAGAAAAUUUCCAUUCACAGAGUGAAUUUGGAAGAAAAUCCAAUCACAAUUUAUGUAUCUUCUUCUGCAUUUGAAUACAGUGGUCUCAAAGGAAACAUGAAAAAUGGUCAAAGAAUGGGUAAUAACAAGUGCAUUUAGCCUAUAAGGUUCAUUCUGUUAUGGUUGCUAGUAUCAUGAAUUCAUGAUUCAAAGUACAAUCCAUGGAAUGCAUCCUUUUUGUUUUGUCAA